UUUCAAAGCCCAUCGCUCUGUUUUGGCAGCAUGUAGCACACAUUUCCGAGCUCUCUUUACUGUAGCAGAGGGUGAUCAAACUAUGAACAUGAUUCAGCUGGAUAGUGACGUGGUGACAACAGAAGCUUUUGCUGCUCUGAUUGAUAUGAUGUACACUUCUACGCUAAUGCUUGGGGAGAGCAAUGUUAUGGAUGUCUUGCUGGCUGCUUCUCACCUACAUUUGAACUCUGUUGUUAAAGCAUGUAAACAUUACCUUACUACCAGGACACUACCGAUGUCUCCACCUAGUGAUAGAAUUCAAGAGCAAAAUGCGCGCAUGCAAAGAUCUUUCAUGCUUCAGCAGCUUGGACUGAGCAUUGUGAGCUCUGCAUUAAAUUCCACUCAGAGCACAGAGGAACAACCAAAUACCAUGAGCUCAUUGAUGAGAAGUAACAUAGAGCAACGCGCUACUUUUCCUAUCCGGCGUCUCCACAAGCGUAAGCAGUCUUCUGAUGAUCGGGCCAGACAGCGAGUCAGACCUACUGUAGAUGAGUCUGUCUCAGGUGUUACUCCAGAGAGUGGGCAGUCAGUAGCUCAUUCGCGAGAAGAUUUUUUUUCACCAGAUUCACUGAAGAUUGUGGACAAUUCUAAGGCUGAUGCUGUUACUGAUAAACAGGAGGAUAAUACUAUUAUGUUUGAUCAUUCUUUCAGUGCUCAAGAAGAUGUUCAAGUGCCCAGCCAGUCAGACAACAGUGGAGGAAACGUUUCACAGAUAUCCAUCGCAUCCCAGAUGCUGAUAGUCGGUCUGAUCCAUGUUACUGUGUAAGUAUACUGUCCUUUUUUCAUGUUAUCUUCAGGCUUCAAUUUCCUUCUCCAUAUACUUACUGUCCUUCCCAACUGUAAAUUGUUCCUCAGAUCAAAGUCAGGAAUGAGUCUCACUGGCCGUAUUUAUGGAUGUCUCUGUAUAAAAUGUAGCUAUCAAGGCCAAUCCUUCAAUUUAAAGUAGUAUGAUAAAUGUACUUUUUCAAGUAAGUAAAAAUCUAGUAUUAACUUAAUUUUAAAAUAUAGCAUUGUACACUUUGUUAAGCAGAAGUUCAGGGAUCUUUAUUCUUCAGGUGAAUCACGUAGAUCUUGUUUUAAUUUCCUCUUCUUUGAAACCACUGUGGCUAAUACAGUUUGCAGUCUCUUUCCUUUGUUACAGGAGCACAUGAACUAACUACGGCCUUUCAACAGGUUAGGUUUCUAAAUACGUUUUGGAGCACUUCUGAUAAAUGUUACUCUGCUCUAUGGGAGCUGGGUCAGUGCUUCAGCAUGUCAAUUCUGCCUAGACCAUACAGAUAUUUAACAUUUUCUAUAUCUAAGCCGCACAGCAGUUGCUUCUUUUAAUAUAAAAAGUACUUGCAAACUUUCCCCUCUUUGAUUUGUUCUGUAUGGCAAAUAUCCUGUGUGAUGUUAUUGACCGCUUUUGAGGAACUUGUACUAAUAGACAGGUUAGCCUUCUGAAGGAUCUUGGAUUUAUAUUUAGGUAAACUGAAAAUAAAAUCCUAAUUCACAAUCCUGUAACUAAUUUAACUGGAUGAACAAUCCAAAGAUUUACCUGGAUGAACAAUCCAAAGUAUUGAAUCACAGAAACAAAACAUUUGUUGUCAGACCAAAGGAAAUAUGGAACUCUGUUUAUAUGUGGCUUUAUAUGAAACAGUAGUUCACUAAUAAAGAAAUACAACUUAAUCUCCUCUAACUACACUACUUCACGUUGAAAAACUGCCUAAUGUCUGUCAAUACUUUAUUUGCAACUUGAGUAUCCAAGGUAAAUAGGAGUGUGGAACUGUGGUGAAUGGCAUGAUUAAAUCCUUUAAUAUGUUAAAAUCUUGCUAUAGGUUUUAGUUAAUGGUCACAUUUCUAGCUCUUGAUUUUUAAAGCAUUAAAGAAAUUUGCCAUACUUACAAAAAGCAGUAGGAAAGAGCAUAUUUUGUUGGAUAACAAUAUUGAUAUUGGGGUCUAAUGGCAUUGAGCCUCACUCACUGUCUCACUGGAUCACCAAUAAAAUAUGGUAUUUUCUACUUUAAUCUUAUCUUGUUGGUGUGUUGCCUUAUUAGUGACAUCCUGCCUACUUUUUUUCAUCUUCCUUGCCUUUCUAGUGUUUUCUUUAAGACUAGUUUUAUCUCUAUUUUCUAUCUGUUUUCACAUGGUGUAUUGCAUCUGACACCCUACCAUGCAUAGGAAUAAAGCAGAUAUGGAAGUGAAGAGAUUAAAGUAAAGAGAAUAGAGUAAUGAAACUUAAGAACUGGUAAGAGCCUUAUGUUUAGCUCUACUUUUUGACCAGCUUUUAUAAUAAAACCUUAAUGCCUUUCUGAAAUGCCAGAGGUUGUUAAGGGAGAACUUUUUUUCCCCCUUAAAAAAAAUCUUAAAAGUUGUUAGUUGCAAAAAGUCUCUAAUUUUUAUCAAUCAUUGAUUUCUACUGUUCCUAGAGGGGCAUACUGAAAAUCUAGGAGCUUGUGUUUGACUGCCCUUGCUUUCCCAAUAUGACAGACCCACAGACCCAUUCAGGUUGGAAGGGACCUUGGGAGAUAUCUAGUCCAGUCUCCUGCUCAAAGCAGAGUUAGCUAUGAGCUCAGACCAGGUUGCUCAGGACUUUGUGCAGUCGAGGCUUAAAAACCUCCAAGAACAGAGCUCCCACAACCUUUCUGGGUCCCUGUUCCACUGCUUGACUGUCCUCAUGGUGAAGAAGUUUUUCCAGGUUUGUUUUCCAAGGGGGAUUUACCACUCUGUCACUAAUGAAAAACAUGGAGCAAGCUUGGAGCAGCUCAUCUGUGGAUUCAUCCCUGGGUGGUAUAAACCUGUGGAGUUUCUCUUGUAUAACAGCAGAAGGAAUCAAGUUUGCAUCAACUAUGGAUCCACAACUGUGAUGUAUCCUGCAAUGUUAAACCCUGCUUUCCUUCUGUCCUCUUGCGUGUUUGUGCUGAAAUAAUCUUUACUGCUAUGACUCUGAUCAUACUGGUAUGUUCAUUCUCAAACGGUAGAACGUUCCUGUGAUGAGUUUUACAAAGUAUUACUGAGUUCUUUGAAAUCUAGGAGAUUCUUCUGUGUUCUUCUAGAAAGAAUAAGAAGGAAAUACAUGGAGCUUUAAUAGGUUGCUCUUUUGCUCAGGUGCUUUUUAGAUAAAAUCCACCCAUCCCUUGUUCGUACACAUACUAGCCCUUACUAGAUGCAGCCUCUAUUCUAGUUAUUCUUCAUCGAUGAG